UAUAUAUUUUUUUUUUUUUUUGUCCUGACAAGACUUCAAGCAUCAUCCAAUUUGAAGGGUUGAGCUGUCUCCCCUGCUUUGUUAUAUUUAAAAAUUUUUUUUUUUUUUAAACAAGUGUUUGCCUUGUUUAUGUACAGGAAUGAGGUCUAGCAGACAGAGGCGAUAUUGGACCUUGUUUUGUGGUCUGGUCCUGGUCCUCUCUACACUUUGUCAUGGAGAAAUCUGUGGUCCAGGCAUUGACAUUGGUAAUGACAUCAGUAAUUUCAAGCGGCUGGAGAACUGUACGGUGGUUGAGGGAUACCUGCAGAUCCUCCUCAUUGGAAGCAAAAACAAUAACAACCAGGAGGUCUUCCGCACCCUCAGUUUCCCCAAACUGACCAUGAUUACGGAUUAUCUUCUCCUCUUCCGCGUAUCCGGGCUGGACAGCCUCAGCACCCUCUUUCCAAACCUCGCUGUGAUCCGGGGCCGUAACUUGUUCUACAACAACGCCCUGGUCAUAUAUGAGUUAACCAGCCUGAAGGACAUUGGCCUUUACAACCUGCGGAACAUCACGAGGGGCGCCAUACGAAUUGCGAAGAAUCCCGAGCUCUGCUACCUGGAUUCUGUGGACUGGUCUCUCAUUAUGGAUGCUGAAUUUAACAUUUUCAUUGAUGGAAAUAAGCUGUCCAAGGAGUGCGGAGAUGUUUGCCCAGGAAUCAUGGAGGACAACCCUCUGUGUGUCAAGACAAACUUCAACAGCAAUGACAAUUACAGAUGCUGGACCUCCAACCAUUGCCAGAAAGUUUGUCCGAAGGGUUGCAGACAGCGGGCAUGCACGGAUUCGGGCGAGUGCUGCCACCCGCAGUGCCUGGGCAGCUGCACUGUGCCCGACAACGAUAGGGCUUGUGCCGCCUGCCAGCACUACUAUCACGAGGGCCGCUGCGUGGAGGACUGUCCGCUCGGCACGUACAAGUUUGAGGGCUGGCGCUGCAUCACCAAGGACUUCUGCUCCAAGGUCCACCUGCCUGAUUACGACCGCUUCGUCAUCCACGGAGGAGAGUGUAUGUCCGACUGCCCACCCGGCUUCACACGGGAUGAGAACCGCAGCAGCAUGUUCUGCACUGCCUGUGACGGCCUGUGUGACAAGAUCUGUGAUGAAAAGGUCAUUGACUCGGUGGACGCGGCUCAGUCCCUCAAGGGCUGCACUGUUAUCAAAGGGAACCUGCAUAUCAACAUCCGCCGUGGCACUAACAUAGCCUCGGAGUUGGAAAACUUCCUGGGACUCAUCAAGACAGUGACAGGAUACAUUAAGAUCCGUUCAUCACAUGCCCUGAGCUCUCUCUCCUUCCUCAAGAGCCUCAGAUACAUCCAUGGAGAAGAACUAUGGGAAGACAUGUAUGCCUUUGCAGCCUUGGAUAACCAGCAUCUCCAGCUUUUAUGGGACUGGUCCCAGCACAAUCUCACCAUUAAUGCUGGAAAACUGUAUUUUCGCUUGAAUCCCAAACUCUGCAUGUCCGAGAUCCGCAAAAUGUGGGAGAAAACGGGAAUUAAGGAGAAGUUUUUGGAAGGAGAUUUCCGCAACAAUGGAGACCGUGCAAGCUGUGGGAGUGAAAUCCUUAAGUUCAUAUCGAAUACCACGAGUAGUAAUAAAAUCAAGUUGAUGUGGGAUGGUUUUCGACCAGCCAACUCCAGAGACCUUGUCAGUUUUAUUGUAUACUACAAAGAAGCGCCUUUCCAGAACCUUACAGAGUUUGAUGGUCAGGACGGUUGUGGAUCUGACAGCUGGAACAUGGUUGACGUGGAUUUACAGGAGGACCAAACCCAAAACCCGGGUGUUACACUCACCAUGCUGAAGCCCUGGACUCAGUAUGCCAUCUUUGUUAAAGCUGUAACAUUAGUCGUGGAGGACAGGGACAGGGACAGGGACAGGGACAGGGACAGGGACAGGGACAAGGACAAGGACAGACAGCGUCUUGGGGCGAAGAGCGAAGUGGUAUACAUUUGGACUAAACCAUCAGCACCCUCAAUGCCUGUAGACAUUCGUGCAUACUCUAAUUCUUCAUCAAAGCUGGUGGUGCGGUGGUCUCCACCUGUCUCCCCCAACGGAAACAGCACCUACUACCUGCUCCGCUGGAAGCAGCAGGGCGAGGACCGUGAGCUCUAUCAGCACAACUACUGCUCAAAAGACAUGAAGAUCCCAAUCAGGAUUUCAGCCACGGGUUUGACAGAACUCGAGGACACCAAACCAACCAAUCCUGAAACAGGGGGGCGGGAAAAGGCUCCCUGUUGUAAAUGCCCUAAAACAGAGGAGGAUCUGAAGCGAAACGAGGAAGACAUCUACUACCGCAAAGCCUUUGAGAAUUUCCUCCACAAUGCCAUAUUCACCCCCAGACCUCCUGACAGGCGACGGCGGGAUCUCUUUGGUGUGGCCAAUGCUACUUCCAUCCACACUCUGUUGGCGGGAAACUGGAACCUGACGGAGGGAAACUUCUCAGAUGACGAGCCGCCUAGACAGGAAUUUUCCUUUAUAGAAAAGAAGGUGAAGGAGCGUAGCACUGACAUCGGUGGCCUGCAGCCCUUCACAGUUUACCGCAUCGAUGUGCACGCCUGCAACAAAGAGGUUCGGCACUGCAGCGUAGCUGCAUUUAUCUUCUCCCGCACCAAAGCGGCAGAAAGAGCCGAUGACAUUCCUGGCCCUGUGACCUGGGAACAUCUGGAGAGUUCUGUGUUCCUGAAGUGGCCUGAACCACAAAAACCCAACGGCUUGAUCCUGCUGUAUGAGAUUCAGUAUCGUCUUGGAACAGAGCCUGAGAAGCAUGAGUGUGUAUCCCGUCAACAUUACAGGAAGCACAAAGGGGUGAAACUCUCCAACUUGGGAGCUGGGAACUAUUCCGCCCGUGUGCGGGCUACGUCCCUCGCUGGAAACGGUUCAUGGACAGAACCCAUAGCUUUCUAUGUGAAUCAGGUUGAACAAUCAAAUUAUGACCACUACCUGUACUACAUUAUCAUCCCGAUUUUCCUGAUUUGUGUCCUUGGCGCUGGAGGGGCUUUCUUCUGUAUUAACAAGAGACGAAACAGUGACAGGCUUGGAAACGGAGUCCUUUACGCGUCUGUUAACCCCGAGUACUUCAGCGCAGCAGAAAUGUAUGUGCCGGAUGAAUGGGAAGUGGAGCGAGAGAAAAUCACCAUGUGCCGAGAGCUUGGACAAGGAUCCUUCGGUAUGGUGUAUGAGGGCAUCGCCAAAGGGGUCGUCAAAGAUGAGCCGGAAACCAGGGUGGCCAUUAAAACAGUCAACGAAUCGGCUACCUUACACGAGCGCAUCGAGUUCCUCAAUGAAGCCUCUGUUAUGAAAGAGUUCAACUGUCACCAUGUGGUGCGACUGCUGGGUGUAGUUUCGCAGGGUCAGCCCACCCUGGUGAUCAUGGAGCUGAUGACACGAGGAGAUCUGAAGAGUUACUUGCGCUCGCUUCGAUCCGCUGAGAACACCUCCAGCUUGCCUUUGCCGCCACUGAAGAAGAUGAUUCAGAUGGCGGGAGAGAUCGCGGAUGGCAUGGCUUACCUCAACGCCAACAAAUUUGUUCACAGAGACUUGGCAGCAAGGAAUUGCAUGGUGGCAGAGGAUUUUAUUGUCAAAAUUGGUGAUUUUGGCAUGACGCGGGACAUUUAUGAGACUGAUUACUACAGAAAAGGAGGCAAGGGACUGCUGCCUGUGCGCUGGAUGUCUCCAGAGUCCCUCAAAGAUGGAGUAUUCACCACCAUGUCUGAUGUCUGGUCCUUUGGGGUGGUGUUGUGGGAAAUAGCCACCCUGGCCGAGCAGCCCUAUCAGGGCAUGUCCAAUGAGCAGGUACUGCGGUUUGUCAUGGAGGGAGGACUGCUGGACAAACCUGACAACUGCCCCGACAUGCUGUUUGAACUGAUGCGCAUGUGCUGGCAGUACAACCCCAAAAUGCGGCCGUCCUUCCUGGAGAUCAUCAGCAGCAUCAAGGAGGACCUGGAGGCGGGUUUCAAGGAGACGAGCUUCUUCUACAGCGAAGAGAACAAACCUCCGGACAUGGAAGAGCUGGACAUGGAGAACGUAGGAGCCAUGGAGAACGUUCCUCUGGAGCCGUCCUCCAACCUGCAGCCCCUCGCUCCCUCUAUGGCCUCCCCUCAACAGUGCGCCCCUGCGUCCCAGGGCUCCUCCACCCCGGCCGGCCCGUCCUCGCCGCCUUCCUCCCCCAGCUCCACGGACAAGCACCCACUCUCUGCUUCUGCGGCAAACGGGCCCUCGAUGGUUCUCCGGAGCCCGUUUGACGAGACCCAGUCUUACGCUCACAUGAACGGGGGGCGUAAGAACGAGCGUGCCUUGCCUCUGCCCCAGUCGUCGGCUUGCUGAUCGACGGCUUCCGGACACGUCUCUGUCUGUCAAGCCACUGUGUGGUCUCCUGAGAAGAAAUAUGAAAUUAAGAGACAAGGAAAAACAUAAUGGUACAAACUGAGAGUCCAGGCAAUCGAUCUUUUCAAUCAUACCUCAACGGACAAAGUUUGGAAUUCUUUGUUUUUUGUGUAUUUCGUUGAAUUGAUUGACAUGAACGCAGACUGGAUCACUGACUGAAAAACCAUGACCUUCACUCUCGCACUCGAUAGGCUGACUGUUUUUGUUACGUUUUGUUACUUUUCUAAACUUCCAAAACUGGUUUGAAGGUCUAUCUGAGCCAGUAGGGGUACGGUGGCAUUAUUACGACACGCUCUGCAUAUCUCUAAGCCAAUCCUACAGCGAAGCACUUGUUCUUGUCUUUGUUUCCAAAGGCGUGCAUCUAAAUCAGAGAUGUUUUUUCUUCCGCCCAUCUUAGAAGUUCAUUCCCAGGACCCAACUCAGAUCUGGGUAGGGAGAUCUUCGGCUUCCUUUUUCUCGAAAUCAUCUGGCUGUGCGACUUAGUGGAGAAGAAAUUCUCAAAUCUGCCAAAUGUCUUUCUUUUUUCUUUUUUUUUUAAUAUUGCCAAAUUGUCGUUAAAUUCCCCUUGCAUCCAUAUUCCUCAAAAUACCUAUGACAGUUUUUUACCCUGGUGAUCCAAACCUGCUUAAAGGAAUAAUUCACCCAAAAAUUAAAAUUUGCAAAAAAUGUACUCAACCUUAGCCCAUCCAAGAUGCAGAUGUUUCCUCAUCGGAACAAAUUUGGAGAAAUUUAGCAUUACAUUAAUUUCUCAUCAAUGGAUGCUCUGCAGUGAAUGGGUGCCGUCAGAAUGAGAGUCCAAACAGCUGAUAAAAACAUCACAAUAAUCCACAAGACUCCAGUCCAUCAGUUAACAUCUUGUGAAGUGAAAAGCUACGUGUUUGUAAUAAAAAAAAAAAAAAA